UUUUAUAUGGCGACUAGUCGAGGGCAGAAAUGUCGACGAGCUACACGCGCCUAUUUCGCGUCUUAUUCGUGAUUAUAUUCCUGAAGCUGCUCUUUCUUUUGGGCCUCUAUUUCCACAGCUACGAUGGCGUUUCUCGGUUUCCGAGGCGUCAGCAAGUGGAUAUCUUUGAUGAGCUGCUAGUAGAUCGACGGGCAGAGCCCUCUUUGCAGCAGCGCUUGGGUUGGAUUCGUGAGGAGAUGCCCUCGUUUCCGCUGGAGGAACUGCUGGCUAGGGAAAAUCGGCGAUAUCCUUUGGAGAACUGUGGACCCGCACCCGAUCUGAUGAACAUUGAUUUUCACAACACCUAUUGGCAGAGGGCUAUAAAUGGUAAACUCACAUACUAUCUGUACGGAGCCUAUUACGAUGAUCGGCAAGCAGUGCCAGAGGCGCCUUUAGUUCGUCUCUUGGCCAUGGUAAAUCAGCCCAUGAACGACUCCUUCAAGUAUCCCGAAAUCUUUUGCCAAUUUUGGUUCGAUGGCAGGACCAAGCCAGUGAUUGUACCCGUUUCGGAGCACAAGGUAAUGUGGCCUUUUGGCCAAGCGCCUCGACGUUAUUACCCAACAUUCUUGAGCUGUCCCCUGCCCGAGGGUAGUGACAAAUACCAGGUGCCCCAGAUGGUUUCCUUAGUGGCCGACAAAUGCAAUAUGGCCAGGAAUCUGCUACGAGUGGUUUACGAAACGGAAGAGUCACCCCAGACAGUGGCCAAAAACGAUACAACCUCGUCGACCAGUGAUCCCAGAUUUGUGGUAUGUGUGAAGGCCAUGGAUUUUCCGUAUGAGGAUAAGUCAUGGCGUUUGAUUGAGUGGCUGGAAUUGAUGCGUCUGUUGGGCGCCCACAAAGUGGUGCUCUACGAUGCCCAAAUGCAUGCGAAUAUGACGCGGGUGGUCAAGGACUAUUUGGUCACGAGUCCUGGCUUUCUAGAGCUACGUCCCAUGUCCUUGGGCAGGGGUGAACCGCAUGCUCGACCCCAUUUCCAUCACUAUGCCAUGAUGGCGGAUGGUUUCAAUCGAAUACUGAACGAGAUGAUACCCUACAAUGAUUGUUUCUACCGCAACAUGUACAAAUACGACUAUGUGGGUGUGUUCGAUAUUGAUGAGGUGAUAAUGCCCCUCGGAAAUCACACCACUUGGCCGGAAUUGGUGAAGCUGGCCCGAGUUGUCCCAGACUAUGAGAGUCGCACAUCGGCGGAUUGCACCGAAUGGGUAAGCUUUUGUUUCCGCAACGUCUACUACCCGAGGUAUCCGGAACGGCCGAAGGUCUAUAGGAAUCUGUCCAGCUCCUUCUAUAUGCUGCAACAUGUGGAACGCGUGCGGGAGCAUUGCAAUCGAGGGGCGGCCGCCAAGUGUUUGCAUGACACACGUUUUGCCGUCGGUUUGCAUAAUCAUUUCACCUUUUUUCACACCGAGGAAUCGGCAUGUGCCGCCAAAUCGGUGCCCAUUGAGUUUGCCCAAAUGCAACAUUACCGGGAACCCGACACCAAAUCCCUGCUGAUCGAUCCCAUUGUGGAUGCCAGUAUCUGGCGAUUUCAGCCCCAACUGCAGGCCAGAGUGGAAGAGCGAUUCCGGAGAUUGGGCUUCCUGCCCACCGAUCAGCAGUUGGCCGAGACUCUGGAAAAGCGACGAAAACGGGAUGAACAGCAGUUGAAGGAGGCAGUGGGUAAAAUUUAAGGUUCUUUGGGCUCUAAUAACCAUGUAUAAAUUGUCAUUUUGAUAGAAAAUAGACUCGUUAAUUUGAUAAGGUACAAAAAAAAUCUUAUUAAGCCAAAUCGGCUUAAAAUCUUAACAUAAAUAUCAGCAUCUGCUGGAAUAUCUUUUUUUUUUUUUAAUUAUUUGUUACCCAUGCAGAAGUGAAAACUUCUGUAAUUUCUUAUUGAGGCAAAUCGGCUCAAACUCUAAUCAUACAUAUUUUUUUAUUUUCUUUUUAUAUUUAAUUUAAGUAGAAAAUGUACACCAAAUAAACUAUACACCACAAUAUAA